AUGACCCGCAACCUGCUGAAGGAAUAUUUUGAAUUAUAUUUUGUGGUCAAACCCCCGCCUCAGUCUGGACCCAGCCUCGGGUCAGACCCAGCCUCGGUCCAGAUCCAGCCUCGGGUCAGACCCAGCCUCGGGUCAGACCCAGCCUCGGUCCAGAUCCAGCCUCGGGUCAGACCCAGCCUCGGGUCAGACCCAGCCUCGGUCCAGAUCCAGCCUCGGGUCAGACCCAGCCUCGGUCCAGACCCAGCCUCGGUCCAGACCCAGCCUCGGUCCAGACCCCCGCCUCGGUCCAGCUCUGGCUGGUCUCUCCUCUGGGGGUCUUUAAGCCGUCACCACAAGGUCAUUGUCAUCGGCGUCCAGGUGUUAUCAAUCAAAAUGGCCGCCGGCGUGAGGAGCUGCUGUCGUGAAACAUGGAGCCGACGGAUCUGA